AUGUCAGGUCGUACAUUCAUGUUGCUCCUAGCGCUGGUCCUCGUAGGUGUCCCGUCCUGCCUGGCGGCACCGGGCCCAGGGUACGACGCGUCGUUCAGCCGGCACUUCCGCCUGCCGGCCUUCUGCAACGGCACCUACUGCAACAUCGGGCCGGACGGCACCGUCUCGCUCACUGCCGCCCAUAACAAAAUGGGAGCAUUCGAGUCGAAGAGCUACUACCAGUACGGCAUUUUCGAGGUGAAGAUGAAGCUUCCGCCAGGGUACUCGGGCGGGCUCAUCCCGUGCAUCUAUCUGAUCUCGGGCGAGGGCCUGGACUACCGCGACAUCCAUGACGAGAUGGACUUUGAAUUCCUCGGGUGGAGCGACCCUAAACAGAUCAAAAUCCACACCAACGCCAUCGCUGGCGGGUACACCAACGUCGAACAGUACAAGUUCGCGUUCGACCCGUCGGCGGACUUCCACACGUACACCAUGGUCUAUGCGCCCAACUGGCUUGUGUGGAAGAUUGACGGCAAGCCCAUCCGCAUCACCUGGCGCGAACCGGGCAAGCCCUUCCCCUCGCUUCCCAUGAAGAUCAUGGUGCGUUUCCCCUUUCCGCCUCCCUCCGGCUCGUCCCCUAGCGUCCUAGCAACACCCACUCUCACCGCUCCUCUCCCUUCCCCGCACCCACCCUACCGUCGGCUUGCUGGAAAGCAGGGGUCGAUAUGGGACGCAUCCUUUUGGCUGCCGUUCAAGAGCGACUACUCCAAGGGCAACGUGACAGUCAAGUUCCGCCGCUUCGACCUCAAGGACGCCUGCCGCUCCGUAGAUCCCAAGGUCGCGCCUGCUUGCGCUUUCCGCAAAGAUGCGCGCAAAGGCAGCGCCCACUGGCGCCACGUUGAGGCGCAGUCGCGCCAUUCCCCCGAACCGUCGCAGCCCGCGCGGAGGGCCAGCGGGGAGGCGGAAGGGAAAAACGUGGGGGAAGGGGAACCCCGCGCUGUUUAUGGGGCCGCAGCGUGGAGAUGGGGCGGGGGAGAGGACGGGGAAGCACAUGGCGGAAAGGAUGUUAGUGGCGGAAGGGAAGGGGAAAGGAUAGCUGCGGAGAGAAAUGUGCGCGACAGCGAGGGGGAAGCAGGGGCGGGCGAGCGGGUUGAGCGGGUGGGAAUGGGGAUAGGGAUGGGGUUGGGAGCGAGGGGGAGGGCUGGAGGGAAGAGCGGGGGAGCGCGAGGUAGUCGGGAAGGGGACGCGGCGACAAUGGCAUGGGGGGAGGCGGCAGCGUGGGGAGGGGUGAUGGUGCACCGCGCGCAGUGGCACUCCAACAGACAGCGAAAGGGCGCGCAGGGGGACGGCGGGCAGGGGGGAAGCAGGCAGGCGGGCGGCGGAUGGAGAGAGGCGGGAGUGGCCAGCGCGAACGGGGGCGCGGGCGCGGGCGCGGCGGAGAUGACGGUCAGCGCGGAAGCUGCCGGCGUGACUGCGGGAGCGGAUGCAGCUGUGCCUAAUGGGGCGGAUGGGGCGGAUGGGGUGGUGGAGGCGGAGAGGGGCGGGGCGAUGGCGCACCACUCUGUGUGGCGCACCCAUGGCGGGGCGGGGGACGCCGAGGGGGGCGGGCGAGUGGUGGAAGCGGAGAGGAAUGAUGGGGAAGCGCGAGGGAGCGAUGGGAGGAGGGGCGAUGGGCGGGCAGGCGAUGGGCGGGCAGGCGUGUCUGGUAGUGCAGUGGCAGCAGGUGAGAUGAGGGGCGGACACGAUGAUGCGGGAGGGGAUGGUCGGAGUGCGGGGUCUGAGCGCCAGGGGGAGAGAGCAAGGGUUGGAGAGCGAGUGGGGCAUGCGCGAGGAGGCGAGGGCGGCGAGCGGGGGACAGGGGGCACGCCACGCGCGUGGCACCACGCGUUGCUGCACGGCCACCCGCCCACACGCGCGCCUCCCCCUCCCCCUCCCACUCGCUCUCCCCCGCUACUGCUGGCGCGCACUGCUGUGGCCGAGGGCGGUGGGCAUAUGGGAGGGGAAGAGGGCCUGGGUGGGAGAGGGGACACAGGAGGGCAAGUGGACUUCCCCCCACACCAUGCGCGGCUGUACGCGCACGAGGUGGCGCAUGGGGCUCCCCCCGCCCCGCUGCUGGUGCUCUCUGCCGCCGCCAACGAGGGCAGCGGAAAGGCGAGGUCUGGCGCACCGCUGCCCCAUGUUCCCGUGCCCCAUGCGCCCCUGCCCCAUGCGUCAGUGCCCCAUGCGCCACUGCACCAGCCGCUGCACGAGCGUACAUCCCCGGGUGAGGGUCCUCCUCUCCCCAUUGAACUCUCCGCCUCUGCUGCGGGUGGCGGCGAUGGAGCCUCGGGAAUGGGAGGAAGAGAGGUGGGGAACGCGGAGGAGGUUGCUGGGCUGGUGGCAAGGCCAGGAAGACAUGCGGAGAGGGGAGAUCGAGAUGGAGGAGGGGGAGGGGGCGACGAGGGGAGGCGAAAUAGAGGAGGCGGAAUGAGUGGCGAGGGGAGGAGCAGCCCUUGGGUGCACCACACGACGAUGCAUCAUGAGCGGUUGCAGGGAGGCGAGAGUAAGGAGGAUCAGCAGCAGCAGGCAGGGGAGGGGGUCGGUGCCGGUGAUGCAAUCGGUGAGGGUGGGGGGCGCACGGAAGGGGCGGGGCACGGGAGGUGGCACGUGCAUGGUGCAGUGGAGCGCGAUAGUACUCACGGUGAUGCACCCAUGGGCGCUGGGCUGUACUUGCACCCCACCACUCACACACAGCCGGUGCAGCAGAUGCAGCACAUGCAGCACACACAACUCGCACAGCAGAAUCAGCAGGUGCAGCAGGAGCAGCACACACAGCAGCAGCAGCAGCAGCAGAAGCAGGAUCAGGGCGGGGAAUGGGCUGGAGGGGUGCAGGUGGCAGAGGUGGGUGACGUGAGGAGGCGAGGAGGAGGCCAUCGCAGCUCAUUCCAGGAGGAGAGCCACUUCCAUGGCAGCACAGAGCACGGGAAGGAUGCAGGCAGUCAGCAGCACGCGAGGGGCGAAGGCGACACACAGCAGGGGGCUGGCGGCGUGGCGUGGGGUACGGAUUUUGUAGGCGGGAGGGAGGAGAGGCGAGGUGAGGUGAGGGGAAGCGGGCGAGUGCAUGGCGAGAGGGCGCCGAGGGAGGAGGCGCGGGAGGGGAGGGCUGAGGGGGCAGCCGAGGCAAGGGCGGAGGGUGGGGAUGAAGACACGAGCUGGAUUGUGCAAGAGGGGCAGCAGCACCGACCAGCGCUGCACACGCGGCCAAUGGUGCUGCGGCAGGGUGUGGAGGGGCAUUGGGGGGCGGAGGGGACAGCAAAGCAAAUGGCUGAGAGUGGGGAUGAAGACACGCACUGGAUUAAGCAAGAGGGGCAGCAGCACCGACCAGCACUGCACAUACGGCCAAUGGUGCUGCGGCAGGGAGUGGAGGGGCAUUGGGGGGCGGAGGAGGCAGCAGAUGCAUUGGCUCAGGAUGGGGAUAAUGAAGACACGAGCUGGAUUGUGCGAGAGGGGCAGCAGCACCGACCAGCACUGCACACGCAGCCACUGGUGCUGCAACACGGCGUGGAGGUGCACAGCGGGGCGGAGAGCGCAUGGGCGGAGGGUGAGAGCAUGGGGAGCGCGGCAGAGGGGACGGCUAGGCAUGGGGAUGCGGGGGAGGUUGCUGGGAAGCUGCAGAUAAAGCAGCACCGGCCAGCACUGCAUGAGGGGCUGAUGGCGCAGCAGCAUGGCGAGGGGAGUUUCCACAGCGGGGCGGGAGGGGCAGCGCCAAGGCGAGGCAAGGCAGGCAGGCAAGGAGGCGAGGAGGGAUGGGAGGCAGCAGGCGCGGCAGCAGGCGAGGCAGCAGGCGAGGGAGAAGUGGGCGUGAGGGGCGGAGGGCGUGUGGGGCAGAGUGAACGCGUGGAUGGGCGUGAAGAGGCGGAUGUGCUGGUGGCUAGGGUAGGGGAGCUGGGGGAGGUGGCUGGUGAGGGGAGAGUGCGUGACAGCAAGCAAGGGCUGGGUAGCAUGGAUGGGCUGGGCAGAGUUGGUUGGAGCAGGGGUGACGGUGGCGAUGGUGGGCAGGGGACGGCAGCACACCGCAGCGCUUGGCACACAGUGCAUGGAGGGGUUGGUGAGAAGCAUGAGAGGAGUGAGAGGGCAGAGAGGAGUGAGAGGGCAGAGAGGAGUAGGGGAGAGGAGGGGUUGCAGGAGGGGAUGCAGGUGGAUCAGAUUGAUGUGCGGGUUGAGGUGGGCGGUGGGAAGAAGGGGGCGAUGGGACAGGGGCAGUGGCAGCAGCAGCAAGUGGAUGGGGGAGUUGACCUGCUGGCGCCACACCAUGUGUCGCUGCACCAGCAGCACCACGCGCGCCACCACAUCUCCUCCUCUCCGCCCUCCUCCGUGCCCGCAGCCCAUGCCCCGCCCAUCCCCGUCACGCCUCUCACUUCUUUUGCACCCCGCCUCCCUGCUUCCGCCAGCAGCUUCAGCGAUGCAGCCACCAGCAGCAGCAGCAGCAGUGGCAGCAGCAGCAGCAGCAGCAGCAGCAGCAGCAGUGGCGGCAGUGUGAGAUUGGAUGCAGAAGCAGCCGCCGCAGCAGGGGGUGGGGUUGGGGGUGGGGGUGCGGGGAUGAGUGCAGCAGGGGGGAGGAUAGACUGGCAGUCGGUGGAGACGGACAAGCAAGUGCUGCUCAACCUCAAGCUGCACGUGCUUAGUGACCCCUCAGGCACGUUGGAUAACUGGAAUCCAAAGGACCCCACCCCCUGCUCCUGGACUGGCGUGGUGCGGCUAGACCUAUCAGCAGUGUCACUGCUGGGCAUCUGGCCUUUCAGGACCACCCGCUGGGUGGUGGGACUAGACCUCUCAGCAGCAUCUCUCCUGGGCGACUUUGCUUUCCAGGACCCGCCUCUGGGCACACUCACAUCGCUGUCUUGUCGAGUUGUCCCCUCUCCCCUGUCCCUCUCCCCCCUCUUCCCCCAACACCAGGUGGUGGGUCUAGACCUCUCAGCAGCGUCGCUCCAGGGUGACUUGGCCUUUCAGGACCCGCCUCUGGGCGCGCUCACAUCACUGCAGCGCCUGCAGCUGGCCGACAACCUCUUCUCGGGCUCCAUCCCCGACUCUCUUUCUUCUAUCCGCAGCCUGCAGGUGAGAUGGGACCAACGCGUGAGAACACAGGUUAGGCCACACAAGAGACCACAGCCCCCCUCCCUGCAGCUGGCCGACAACCUCUUCUCCGGCUCCAUCCCCGACUCGCUCUCUGCCAUCCGCAGCCUGCAGGUGAGGUCAACGCCUGGGUGUGUUUUGAGUCGACUCAAAGUACACGAGUUGCCAGGGCCCCCCUCCCAGCACCUGGCCGGCAAUUCCAUCCCCGACUCGCUCUCUGCCAUCCGCAGCCUGCAAAGACCUCUUCUCCAACAUGCCUUCCCUGUCCGCCUCCCCGUCCCCCUCUUCAUCCCCUUCCCUAUCCCCCUCCACGUCUCCCUCCGUUCCCCCCUCCCCCGUCCCUCCCCUCCUCAGGUGCUAGAGCUAGCCAACAACGAGUUGGAUGGCAUCAUCCCCCCCACGCUCUUCUCCAAUGUGCCCUCCCUCGCCACCGUUGACCUCAGUGACAACACCCUCUCAGGCCCGCUGCCCCAGGACGUCUCCGCCUUGCAGUCGCUGCUCUCGCUGGACGUCAGUGGUAACCGCCUCGAGGGGCCGCUGCCGGACAAUCUGUCGCAGCUGCGCCAGGUGUCGCAGCUGGUGCUGGAUGGGAACAAGGGGCUAAGUGGGUCGCUCAGUCCUGCUGUCCUCGGGUCUCUGCCGUCAUUGCAGGUGUGUGCGACUGUGUGUUUCUGUGUAUUCCUGCUGGAUGGCAACAAAGGGCUCUCUGGGUCAUUGAGUCCUGCUGUGCUGGGCGCACUGCCGUCCCUGCAGGUGAUCUCAGCUCGAGGCUGCAGCUUCAGCGGCUUCCUGCCGCCUGCUCUCGGCUACGCGCCGCGCCUGCAAUCAUUGGAUCUGGGCGGCAACCAGCUGGCGGGCGGCAUACCGCCCACGUGGGGGCAGAUGGGCAGCUUGACCUCUCUGGUGAUGGACGGCAACCAGCUGUCUGAAAGCAUCCCCUCCGCCCUCAACGGGCUGUCGGCUCUGCAGUGGGGUGAGGGGUAUGAGGGUGGGUUUAAGUGGGGUGAGGGGUUUGAGGGUGGGUUUAAGUGGGGUGAGGGGUAUGAGGGUGGGUUUAAGUGGGGUGAGGGGUAUGAGGGUGGGUUUAAGUUGGGUGAGGGGUAUGAGGGUGGGUUUAAGUGGGGUGAGGGGUAUGAGGGUUGGUUUAAGUGGGGUGAGGGGUAUGAGGGUGGGUUUAAGUGGGGUGAGGGGUAUGAGGGAGGGUUUAAGUGGGGUGAGGGGUAUGAGGGUGGGUUUAAGUGGGGUGAGGGGUAUGAGGGUGGGCUUAAGUGGGGUGAGGGGUAUGAGGGUGGGUUUAAGUGGGGUGAGGGGUAUGAGGGUGGGUUUAAGUGGGGUGAGGGGCUGGACGUGAGCAGCAACGGGCUCAGCGGCACCAUCCCAACCCUCAAUGGGCUCACAGCGCUCACCGCUCUCAACCUCUCUGCAAACCAGCUCUCCGGACCCAUUCCCACCGACGGCGUCCUAGGAAGUUUCCCACCCUCUUCCUUUGCCGGCAACCCUGGCCUCUGCACUGGGAACUGCGCCUCUCCCCCUGCUGUCCGCCCUCCCCCUACCAUUGCUCCCCCCAUCUUCCCCCCGCCUACGCUCUUCCCCCUGCCCGUCCCCAUGGCCCCUCUCCCCCCGCUCUCCCCUCCCCCACCCCCUUAUGUUGAGCCUCCGCCCUACAGUCCUCCCAUUCCGCCCCCAAUUCGCUCCCCCCCACCUGCUCCUCGCCCCCCUCCCCUCUCCCCCCGCUCUCCCCCCCCGCUCCCCCCCUCGCUCUCCCCCACUCCCCCCUUCCCUGCGCCCUCCUCCCAUUCCCCCCAAGCCGCCCUCCUUAAGGCCCCCUCCCGUCCCACCCUCUCUCCCGCCCUUCCCACCCCCUGCCUCCCCCAAACCGCCCCCUCCUCUCUUGAAGCCGCCCUCCCCUCCUCACUCCCCCCCCCCCCGCCCCCCUCCCGUUCCGCCCCGUUUGCCCCCUCCCUUUCCCCCUCCCUUUCCCCCUCCCGUGCCCCCUCCUGUUCCUCCACCCAGCCCCCCUCUUUCCCCUCCUCGCCCUCCUCCACUCCCCCCUCCGCUCCCCCCUCCGCGCCCACCUCCCCGCCCCCCUCCUCACCCCCCUCCUCUCCCUCCGCCUCCCUCGCCUCCCCCAUCCCCCCCACCUCUCCCCCCACCAAGUCCCCCAAGUCCCCCUCCCCGCCCACCCCCUUCUCCCCCGCCCUCCCCUCCUCCCCCAAGCCCACCACCACCCCAACCCCCCCCAUCCCCUCCCCCUUCCCCCCCUCCCUCCCCUCCUCCAUCCCCUCCCCCACCAUCCCCGCCAUCACCCCCACCCCCUUCCCCACCUCCCCUCCCCCCAUCCCCUCCCCCGCCACCAUCACCCCCACCAUCCCCCCCAUCUCCCCCUUCCCCCCCUCCGCCUCCCCCAUCACCCCCUUCCCCCCCAUCCAUCUUUGCCCCACCGCAGCUGCUCAACCGCAUGCGGUGCUCGGCGCGCUGCUCAUGGGCGUCUGUUUCACCAUCAACCAGCCCUACUCCUCCUCUGGCCAAUCGCGUGCGUGGGCAGCAGCAGGGGCAGGGGGUGGGGGCGGUACGGGGGGCGGUGGAGGGGUGCUGGGGGGUUUUUUAGGGGGAGGAGGGGGGGAGGGAGGGGGGGCUAAGAUGGGGAUACUGGGGGCGGCAGGGGGGGCGAUGGCAGGGGCGGCAGCGGGGAUUGCGGGCGGCAGGCACUCGUCAGCAUCCCAGCAGCUUGUCACAAUGUUUAACGGUCAGACAAUGCAUGUGGAUGACCUCCGGGCAGCCACGGAAAAUUUCGGGCCCGGGCAGAUGAUGGUGGGCGGGGCGGGGCCGAGCGGGGCAGUGUCGUUUCUGGCUGAGAUGGCGGACGGGGCGGCGGUUUUUGUUGCGAAGCAGCUGCCGCCCCUGCUGGGGGGAGAUGCCGUCAACUUUGUGUUCGAGCACGAGGCACGGCUGCUAUCAGCAGUGCGGCAUGACAACAUUCUGCCGGUGCACGAGGCACAGCUGCUAUCAGCAGUGCAGCAUGACAACAUUCUGCCGGUGGUGGGGUGCUGGGAGGGCGCAGGCGGGUCAGGCGAGGCCAUGCGCGUGCUGCUGUACGACUACAUGCCCAACGGGGACCUUCGGGAGUUCCUAUACGAUGAGCUGGCGUCACGCAAGUCGCUGCAGUGGCCGGUGCGCUUCCGGGUGGCCAUGGGGGUGGCACGCGGCCUCGCCUUCCUGCACAGCGGGGUGGGCGGCGCGGGCGGCAUGGGCGGCGGGCCGAUGGCGCAUGGGGCGGUGCAUCCGGGGAAUGUGCUGCUGGACGGCCGCAUGGAGCCAAAACUUGCCGACAUGGGCGUGGCUCGGAUUGCAUUUGAUACGGAUGAUGUGCAAGUGGCCGAUGAGAUCAUGGGGUACACGCCGCCCGAAUAUUCAGCGGGCCCCACCCCUCCAACCCCAGCCGGCGACGUGUACAGCUUCGGGGUGGUUUUGCUCGAGCUGCUCACAGCGCGCCCGCCAGUGGACCCGGCCUUCACAGACAACGGUACGGGCGACCUCAUAGGGUGGGUGCGUGCCACCAUACAGGCGGGGCAGCCGGGGGAGGCUCUGGAUCCGCGCAUGGCGGACGCGGCGGAGAGUGGCGAUGAGAUGCUGCAGUUCCUCAAGGUGGCGCUGGUGUGCGUUGCUGAGGAUGGGGAUGAGCGGCCGAUGAUGCGCGAGGUGGUGGAGAUGAUGGUCAGGGCGAGGGAGACCGCCGCCAAGAUAAGAGAGAAUCCUCAGAUCAGGGACUUGCUGGAGUGA